AUGUCGAGUCAGACAACAAAUAAGGUGCUUUUCCAGGUGCAAUUCGCCUUUUUAGGGAAAAUUGUGUUAUCUUUACCAUUAUUUGGAUUUGUGUUCUGUGUGUUAUGGUCGCUUAUGAAUGAUUUUGAGUCGUCGACAGCCACUCACUGCAGGGUAGCAAAUUAUCUCCCCUCUAUAUCAUCAGCUAUAGGAGGUUACACCCCUCAGAAGUAUGUUUGGAGGAUAUGUGUGGCACUUCAUUGUUCCCCUCGUCUGAUGAUUGCGGUAGCCUACUACAAUUUCCAUACCCAAGUACAUGUAGGACAGAGAAAUAGUCUAUACCAGUCGGUGGCUGCCUUUACAAGCCUGCUCCACAUCUUAGAAAACAUGGCUUUGGUGGGGCUCUCCUUUAUUUCUUCAUCUGAAAAUCAUGGUGUCCAUGAGAAGCUGUUCGUAACGUUUAUGGUGACCUCCCUUGUGUACAUGUUGGUAUCCUGCAUAUUGUUCAAAUGGGGUCGUACCGCUAAUGGAGUCCAAAUGAGUAUUAUAGAAAAGACCUCUUAUAAAUACAAAGUUGGCUUGUUCUUGUUCAACAUCACAUCAUUCCUCAUAGCAGUAUACCUGUUUAUCAGACAUAAUGCCUACUGUGAACCAGGCAUUUACAGCCAGUUUGCACUAUGUGAGUACAUGGUCGUGGUAUUCAAUGUUCUCUUUCACGGAACUGCCAUCCUGGAUUUCAAAUCUUCAGUUUUAACUUUAGGAGUUGAGAAUCACAGACUAAGAAAUUCAUUUCCCAGUUAGCAUACCUGAUAGGAAUGGCAUUUUAAUCCUUUUAAUGGCAAUCACUGGUCACUUGACACCUCACUCAGUGUGCAUGGUUGUAGGAUUGCCUACCCUGUUCACUUGUGUGUGGUUAUAGACUGCCUUCACUGCUCACUUGUGUGUGGUUGUAAGACGGCCUUCACUGCUCACUUGUGUGUGAUUGUAGGAUUGCCUUCACUGCUCACUUGUGUGUGAUUGUAGGACUGCCUUCACUGCUCACUUGUGUGUGGUUGUAGGACGGCCUUCACUGCUCACUUGUGUGUGGUUUAAGGAUGGCCUUCACUGCUCACUUGUGUGUGGUUGUAGGAUUGCCUUCACUGCUCACUUGUGUGUGGUUGUAGAACUGGUCGUUAGGCGUAACUCAAUGUGGUUAUAGAACUCAUCCUUCACUGGUCACUGAUGUAGCUCACUCAGUGUGAUUGAAAGGCUGCCUUCAUUUGCUACAGCUCCAGAAGCUACAGCUUCACCUACUCUGAUUUCAACAUCACAAUUCAGUGUUUUAUUGUUUAUAUAUAAUUAUGUCACACCAUGCUGACAUACUUGAAUGAUAAAAGCAGCAUUUGUAGCAAGUUUCACAUUGGUUGGGUCAAAAUCAGGGUCACUGUUAACAUAUUCAGAAAAUUUAUUAAUGAUUGUAGUUAAAUAGCAUGUGGUUGCCAGUAGGGAACAUGUGUUGCUUGUUUGUAUUACUUUGUUUCGGAUUAGAACAUGGGACCCGGUAACAAAGUUUGUGUGGAUCAAAAGUUGGAUCUGGCCAGUUUUACACUCAACCGAACAAGCUAUGGAGAAGUUUUCUCUAGCUGGACAGUGUAUAAUAUGGUUAGGUUUUGUCAGGAUUACAUAGUCUACAAUAGCUAAGUAUAUUUGUACAUCUUUGGAUGACAGAAUGGUGAGUGUAGAGCUGUGCUCUAACAUUUAUAGGGUAAUGACAAUUUUUUACACCACUUAUUGGUAAAUGGGAGUUAUAUAGCAACCACUUCUAGAUUUAUGUACAUGCUGCAUAUGUUGUACCUCAUGAACCCUUUAAGCGAUUUAGGUUUCAUUCACGUAUCACAAGAUCAAGUUACACACCUGACAAAUUUUUAAGGUCAUGGUGAAGGUAAAAGGGUCAAAUAUUAUACUUAUCACUUUUAAAACAUAUCCAUAAUCGCUCAGCAUAUUUUGAGUCCAGGAUUAUGAGAUUGUGGGUGAUCAAAAUCAUCCUGCAUCCAUCAUCAGACAGUCAUGAUUUCUUCAGUGAUUCAUGUUGUCACUAUUUCUUGAGGAGUACUUGAUAGAUCAGAUCUCAUGUGUAGGUUCCUCUUGAUCUCUAUAGCUGUACAUUGUCCCAUUUUCAGAUUGGUCCGAAAACAACAUGGCUGGCAGGCAGUCAUCUUGGAUUUUGACAUAAUUAUUUAUUAUCACUAUUUCUAGAGAUCUUUCUCAAAUAUAAAAGGAGUCCUAAGCAUUACAUUGUCCCUUUAUCAGACUGAUUCAACAAAAAACAACAUGAUCAACAAACGGACAUCUUUAGUUUUGAUUAACAUGUAUUAGAUUGAUAUUGCUUUUUCUGGAGAUGUCCUACAUGGAUUUUUUUUUCAAUUUAAAGUUGGAUUCCUAGUUGUGCAUUGUCCUUUUUGUGGACUGGUCAGAAGAACAGUCGGCCUUCUUGGUUGUGGACAGUAAUAGUUUGUUAUCACUAUUUCUGGAACAAUACUUGAUGGAUUUUUUUCUGAAUUUCAUAUGUAGGUUUCCUUGUUCCCUGGAUGUACAUUAUCCAGUUUUCGUACUGACCCAAAAAAAAUAAUAUGCAGCCAUCUUUGAUUUUGAUCAAUUGUUUCUGUUUUGAGAUACCACCAGUUGUUACAUAGUUCCUUGUUUGAUUAUGUGACAUCCUAACAUUUUUUUAAAAUCAAUAUUGCCAGUGAAAAUAUGAGUGGUGUCAAUGUAAGUGUACUUAAUAUUCACAGUACGUAAUCUAGCUUUUAUGUGAUCAUGGACCUUAUUUCAAUGUGAUGUUGUGUAUGAGGUAUGUUUUCAACACAUAUGUCAUUUUAAGUGUGUAUCACUGUUAUAUAAAUAAUCAAUAUAUGAUUUUAAUUUUCCCUUUUUGUUAACAUGUUAUUUUAAGAGUGUAUCAAAGUAUAAAAUAUUUACUGUUAUAUUUAUGAUCAGUAUAUAAUUUUACCUAUAUACACUGUAGCUCUGCUACGAUGACUUGCCAUGUCCUGAUUGUUACAUACUCAUUGUUAAUAGAAUGCCUUCACUGUCAUGUUUUUGUGUACAAAAACAAUAAUUUUUAUUAAGAACUGUAGUGUUUUAAUUUUUUUGGUCAUAAUUUUAUUAACAGUUGUUAGUUUAAACGUCUUGCCAGUCACUUAAAUGAGAAAUUUAUAGGGUGACCUAUUGCCUUUGUCUUUUGUCCAUCUAUGCACAUCGUCUCUCAUCCAUUAACUUUCCACAUUUUAGCUUCUUCCCAAGAACUGCUUGACUGAUUCAAGCAAAAUUUAGUUACUAGCUUCAAUAAUUGAGGGAGCAUCUUAAUUUCAAAAUUAGUUGUUUCCACUUUGUUAUGGGCCACAUGGCAUGGCCAAAACCAUGACGACAUAAAUGAAAUAAGUGCUUAAUAUGGUUGUAAUAUCAAAGAGUACAUCCAGCACAAGAUUUGUGCUUUCUGGAUGUAAUGUUUAGUCUGGGGUAUUUAUAUUUUAUCAUCUUGUUUUUGUUUCAGUCUUUUUGAGAGAUAAUCAAAAGUAUAACAUACUCGAAGUGUUAAGAUUACCAAUAGAUAGGUAUACAGUUGCCGUUGGUUACAAAAUUGGUUACAGAUUGUUACUAUUGUAGUUGAUGCAAUAUUAGCAUCUCUAUUUACUUUCAGAACACAAAAUGGCCAAGUAAAUAGUGUAAUAACUACAUGUAAAGGGGUCCAGUAUGUGUUGUGUUUAUCUGCAAAGUUAACAAAGGAGACUGGCAAAAUGUUGUGUUUUUGGUAUUAUUAUCUUAACAUUGUCAGAAGACAUAGUUCUGUUUUGUUAUAAAAUAGUUUCGUAAUGAACUGAGCUCUUGUCUGAUGUCAUUAGGGUGAUGGCAGAAUCAAAUGAUAGAUGAUAUGGGAUGUGUGGUAUUAAGUAUCAUUAAUAUAUAUAAUUUUUCCCUUUUUUUUAGAAAAUUUGUUUUAAAUAAAAUAAUGUUUAUUUAAUAUAUGUAUGAACACAACAUUUUUUUUUAUUAAAUCUUUGCUAUUGUAUA